AUGGAUCCCAGCACCAAUAAGAUCUAUCAUGUACACGGUUUUGAUUCCAGACAAGCCCUGGACCAUUAUUUUUCGGAUAAACCUGAAAUGGUCUUUGCAGAGGAUUCAUUGAUAUUUCCCAUUGAAAAUCUUACGAAAACCUUUACAGAGGGUCACAUUAAAGGAGAUGUCCUGAUAGACCUCAGCUCUGGUCCCAUGGUCCAUCAUCUGUUUUCUGCCUGUGAGUUUUUCAAACACAUCAUAGUCCUGAAGGUCAGUGACAGAUGUAUUCUGGAGCUGAAGAGAUGGCUGGAUACACGGACGGGAGCAUUCGAUUGGGGACAUGCCACAAAACUUCAUUUAGAGAAAGAAGAUAAAAGCGACCAAUUACAGGAAACAGAAGAAAAAGUGAGAUCGGCCGUUCAACAUGUUAUGAAAUGUGACCUUGAGAAAGAAAAUAUGACGGAUCCGAUAGUCUUACCGCCAGCAGAUUGUAUCAUCAGCGCUUGGCUCCUAGAUCAGAUCAGCAAAGACCAAGAUGAAUACAUCAGAUAUCUGAGGAAGUUCUCCAAGCUGCUGAAACCUGGAGGACACCUCAUAUUACUUGGGCUUUUAGAUACAACAUAUUUCACAGUCGGGAAAGACAAGCUCCAUUAUCUCACAUAUGAUGAGGAUUUGGCCAGGAAAGCUCUAGUUGGAGAAGGAUUUGUUAUAGACGGCUGUAAGGUUAAGAAGAGAACGGCUGUGAGUGACCUCAUUGAUUAUAAGGCCAUCAUAUUCAUUACAGCUCACAAGGAGAAGUAGAAAUUGGAAACAAGCAAAUUAGGCGAAGUUCACAUAUUGUAAAAUCACUUGAAAAACAUGAAAUGGAGUCGGUAAUAAUAUUUCAUGUAAUAUUGUUCUCUGGGAAACUCUGUGGAAAAGGAGGCAUCAGUGUGAAUACUGUCCUAAUUCCAAUGUAAUUUUACCAUGUGUGAACCUGGCCUCAGGCUCUGCCUAGAUUGUAUUCAGGUCUAAGAUUUCCCAAUAUAUAGUGCAAAAGAAAUGCACUGGUUUACUUGAAUAACAAAGCUCUAAUCUUUACAAUAUAUGAUUUUAAAAAAUCACUGCAGCAUUAUGGACCUAUUUAGAAUCAAUAGAAAAUAUGGCUCCAGGCUCCAUAUUUACUGCUCCUUAUACUUCUGAAUAUACACGACUUACACAUAAUGAUAGGCAGACAUGUACUAAGAAGCACAAUGGGGGAGAUUUAUCAUUGCUUUUAGAGCAUUUUUUUUGUCUAUGUUUUGGCGCAGUUCAGGCACAAGCAUCAUAUUUAGCGACUUUUAUGCACCUUUUGAAAUAGACAGUUUCACUCUUUUUGCCUACCCGUAGAACUUUUUCUUUUUGACUAUGCAGUGGUCAUGUUUUUAUCAUUUGCGACUUUUGUCAAAAGUCGCUAUUUUGUGCGCAAAGGUACAGCGUCCCACUCCCCUUCUAUGACACGUGCUCAGGAGCUCAGCAUGGGUCAUAGCUGGGUGGUCCGGGCAGCUGUCUGCCACCAGGACCCAUCUCUAAUACCAGACAUCACUGAUCAUGGUGAUGCCCGGCUUUAACCCCUUUGACACCGCAAUUAAAUUUCAUUGUAGCGUCUAAAAUGCAAGUUAAAAUGUCCCGGCAGCUCUGUGAAAGUAAGUAAAAACACCUAACCUUCCAAAUUUAGGACCCAGGAAAGUGUCUACUUCCCUCCCUCACAAGUGUCUAGAAAAAGUGUAUGUGGUAGAGCUUUUCCCACCACAGCAGAGCUGCGCAAAAUUAAUCAUCCUCCUGCACUUUGUUGAUAAAUAAGAUGCACUCUAGUCAAACCCACCACCCAAAUAAACAUGGGAAAAUAUCUCUACCGUAAACAUUGUUUGAUAAAUCUGGGCCAACAGGCUUUGCUAUGAUUGAAUAUGAUUUUUAAUCCAAAUUUCUUGUUAAACAAUCUGUCUUCUUCUUGGACAUCAUGUUGUA